AUGUGGGUGCAGGAUUUCGUUGAGCAGGAGAGGUUGAGGAUUUUAGGUGAUGAUUCAGAGGAUGAGGAGGAGAUUGCAGUCAUUGAAGAGGCAGAUGUUGAGGAAGAUGAAGCAGAGAAUGAUGAGGGGCGAAUAGUACACAAUGAAAAGGUGGCAAAGACAUUGAGAGAGAAGGCAAUUCAGCAAAUGGAAGCCAAUGGGAUUAUCAUUGACUCAGGAGAAGAAAAAGUAGCUCUUCAGAUUUUUCCAAAGGUUGCUGGCCUUGCUCGCUGUGUUCAUGAUAGUGCUGUUCUGAAAGAGAAGUUUGAGAGUUAA